UGACCCAGCUGUCUCCACGUGACACUCUGGACCGAGGACCCGUCAUCAUGGCUUCAGCUGCUCAACCCGUCUACUGGCUGGGUAAUGACACCCUGAGGGUGUCUGCUGCCCUUUUUGCUGAGAAUCGCAGAAGAUUGUGCCAGGGGUUGAAAGGCAAAGACGGUUUGGUACCAAAGUCAGUGGUGUUGCUGCAAGGGGGAGAGCAAACCCAGAGAUACUGCACAGACACUGAUGUCCUCUUCAGGCAGGAGUCUUUCUUCCACUGGGCCUUUGGAGUGACAGAGGCUGACUGUUUUGGAGCCAUAGAUGUGGACACGGGGAAAUCCAUUCUUUUUGUUCCUAAACUGCCUGAAAGCUAUGCUACUUGGAUGGGAGAGAUCUUCCCUAAAGAGCACUUCAAGCAGAAGUAUGCUGUUGAUGAGGUGCAGUACACCUCUGAUAUUGCUGAUGUCCUCUCCACCAUGAAGCCAUCAUUUCUCCUGACUCUGCGUGGACAGAACACCGAUAGUGGAAACACCUGCCGUGAAGCCUCCUUUGAUGGAAUCACUGGAUUCCAAGUAGACAACAAGAUUUUACACCCAGUCAUUGUGGAAUGCCGUUUGCUGAAGACUGAUAUGGAGCUGGAGGUCCUGCGCUACACCAACAGGAUUUCCAGUGAAGCUCACAAAAUGGUGAUGAAAAAUGUCCGACCUGGAAAGAAAGAAUAUGAAAUGGAGAGUCUGUUCCAGCACUACUGCUACUCCAAAGGCGGGAUGCGUCACACCUCUUACACCUGCAUCUGUGGAACGGGGAAUAACUCCUCGGUCCUCCACUAUGGUCACGCUGGAGCUCCAAAUGACAAGACAAUUGAAGAUGGAGACAUGUGUUUGUUUGACAUGGGUGGAGAGUACUACUGCUACUCCUCGGAUAUAACCUGCUCUUUCCCAGCCAACGGGAAGUUCACUGCAGACCAGCGGGCCAUCUAUGAGGCAGUCCUGAAAGCCUCAUGCGCCGUCAUGGCUGCCCUCAAACCAGGUGUGAAAUGGACCGACAUGCACCGCCUGGCUGACAGGGUUCACCUGGAGGAACUGGUGAAGAUCGGCAUCCUGCAUGGUAACGUUGAGGACAUGCUGAAGGUCCACCUGGGUUCUGUCUUCAUGCCCCACGGCCUGGGACACCUGCUGGGGAUUGAUGUGCACGACGUGGGAGGUUACCCAGAGGGAAUAGAGCGCAUAAACGAGCCUGGACUGAGGAGCCUCCGUAUGGGUCGCCUGGUGCAGGAGAGGAUGGUCCUCACCGUGGAGCCUGGGAUAUAUUUCAUAGACCACCUGCUGGAUAAAGCCCUGGCUGAUCCUGCUCAAAGCUGCUUCAUCAAUAACCAAGUGCUGGCCCGCUUCAGAGGCUUCGGAGGGGUUCGCAUCGAGGACGACGUGGCAGUGACGGCCAGCGGCAUGGAGCUGCUGACCUGCGUCCCUCGCACGGUGGAGGAGAUCGAAGCUUUCAUGGCUGAGCCUGCCAAAGAUUUCAGCCCAGUUUAGGGUGCUGAGAAAACUUGAAUAUAUCCCAGCUUAUCAUGCAAGUGGCCCCAUCACCAUAGUGGGCGCCAUCCUAAAUCACCUUCCAAGUUCUUUACAAAAUAAAAGUUUUUAUUAGAGGAGAACUAUCUCAUCUUAUACUCCAUCAUCAGAAAGUUUGCCAGUGAUUAUGAAGGAUUUUCUAAAUAAAUAAGCUCUCACAUUUUGUUGGGCUCUUUAAACAUGUUUUCUGAUUUUUAUACAAACUACUUAUUUUCAUUCUUUUUUCCAUUUUCUAUACUAAAAAAGGAAAAUAAAGAUUCAA